AUGUGGUCAUUAUUGCCUUUCGCAAUCUCUGCAGCUAUACUUUACGAUCGGGCACUGGCCUCGCCUACUUUGAGAUAUGAUGGAUUCCCCCGAUCAAAUACGAAAGAUGACAAUAGUUUGCAAGUAGAGACCUCUAGCGGCACAGUCACCGGAUUGAUCAACGGAACCACUCCUGAUGUCCGCCAAUAUCUCAACAUCCCAUACGCAGAACCACCGCUAGGCAAGCUUCGUUUCCUCCCACCUCAGCCACUGAACCAGCGGGACAAAACAAUCAUUUCGACCUCCCUAGGCCCAGCCUGUCCUCAAAUUCCAGGAAUAUCAGCUUCCAUCGACUCGGAGGUUGUCACACAGCUCCAAUUCAGCGGCCCAACAGCAGAAGACUGUCUCAGCCUUGCAAUCUGGGCACCGCUCCACCCACAAAAAGAAGAAGGCCUUCUCCCGGUCUUCAUCUUCUUGUUCGGUGGUGGAUACACUACCGGCGGGAUAGACGUCGAAUAUCAGAUCCCCGCACAAUGGGUCCAACGGAGCCAAAGCCAUAUCGUCAUCUCAGCAAACACCCGUGUCAACAUAUUCGGCUACCCGGGAUCCGGAGCUCUGAAACACCAGAACCCAGGCCUGCUAGACCAGCGAAUGGUAAUAGAAUGGGCAAAAGAGAACAUUGAAGCCUUCGGCGGAGACCCCUCGCGAAUAGUCCUCUGGGGCCAGAGUUCCGGAGCCGGAAGCGUGGACCUACUGAACUUCGCGUAUCCCAAGGAUCCCAUCGUCAGCGGAUUCAUAUCAGACUCAGGUUCUGUCUUCCUCAACAACCAGAAGUCAGACCAGACGUUCUCAAACUUCAGCUACGUCGCAUCUCAGCUCAACUGCUCCAGCAAUGACCCCAGCGCAGAGUUAGGCUGCAUGCAGAACGCGAGUUACGAGCGUAUCGAGGCAAUCAUACUAGCCUACGAGGAAGCAGGCAAUAAUCCACUCAAGUUCGUGCCCUUCGUAGACAACAUCUCCAUCUUCGCAAAUUACUCAGACCGCUAUGCCCUCGGCGCAAUAUCAGAUCGACCCGCCAUCUUCGGGAACAAUCUGCGCGAAGGCUACGAGGUCGUCACCUGGCCCGAUAACCCCAAAACAACAGCUCCCAACGAAACAGUCGCAAAUACAUACACUGACUACGCAUUCCUGUGUCCCGCCAUGCUCUCAACAAACUACCGGGAUGGUCUUGGCUUACCGACAUUCCGAUACCAGUACCGGGGCAAUUUCAGUGAUAUCUCACCAUAUUUCUGGUUCGGAGCCUUCCAUGGGUCGGAGCUGCCGAUGCUUUUCGGUACGUAUGGGAACUAUAGAGGUCCACCUACGCAAUUCGAGAAUGAGGUUAGUUAUACCAUGCAGGAUUUCUGGUUGGCGUUUGCGCGGGACGGGGCAAAGGGGUUGGAGGGGUUGGGUUGGAAAAGGACGGCGGAUGGGGGUGAGAUUAAUGUUCUUGCGGAGAUGAGAAUGCGCAAGGCUUCUGUUAUGAUUUCUGCGGAGGAUAUUGAUACGCCUUGUACGCAGGGUGUUGUUGAUACUAUUCUUGGGGGUGCGAAUCCUUUCGCGGUCAUUGUCUAG